UACAAGGCACUGUAUAUAACUUCGAACCACUGGAUACAGUCCAUAACUUGAUUAAAAAAGAUGAUUUUUCAUGGCCUCAAAGGAUUAAAGUAGCCCUGGAGCUUGCUCGUGCGCUUCAAUGUUUACAUGGUGCAGAAAAGCCUUAUUUUGUUCGCAACCUUAUUCCAGCUCAUAUAAUAGUUGAUAAGAAUUACAGCCCAAAAAUAUUUGACUUCUGUCAAAUGAGUGGGGGAGUUCUUGGUAAAAUUACUUAUGGGAACAGAGUUCUUGGGUUUUGUCUUGGCUAUGAGGAUAUAAAGCCUGAAGCAGUAGAUGAUCAAUCAUUAAUCUACCAUGAUGUCUUCUCGUAUGGUAACAUACUUCUGGGGUUAAUAUCUAAACAAGUUACCGACAUUUAUGAUGAUUUUAUGAUGGAUUUUAUUGCACAUGAAUGGGCAAGGAAGGAGUACAAGCCUAAAUGUUCUCUUGUGCAUCCAAGUCUUGUGAAAGACUCUGGUUGUCAUGCUGAUGAUGGUAUUGCAAUAACAGAACUCGGGAUGCGCUGUAUUGACCUUGAGAUGGAGUGUCGGCCAAGCAUGAAAGACAUUGUUAAAUCUCUGGAGGAUUUACGAAUAUGUGAACAGGAGGAUCUACAAGUCUGCAAGCAAGAGGAUUUACAAGUAUGUGAACAAAAGGAUUUACAAGUCUGCAAGCAAGAGGAUUUACAAGUUUGUUGACUCAUUCACGAUGCAGAUUACAUGUGAUACGUAGGUUAUAUUUGCUCUAUUUUUGUUUAUGAUGUGAUCUUUGAGAUUAUAUCAUGUCCAUACUGGUUAUCGUUUGUCUUUUUUUGUUGCCGAUGUGAUAUUUGGGAUUACUAAUCAUAUCCUGUCCAUUUAUUAAUGUAUUGAAAGUAGUGAAAUUGAAGUACAGUGGACAAGGUUGCGCCUACCAUACUCCGUAAGUUUACCUGAUAUAAGGACUUGGAAAUGUUUUGUAAUGAUUAAACUUUGCCUUUGUGAGUUCUUCAUCAUAAGGUCAAUUUUCCCUUAUGUUUGUAAUCAUACAAAGAGUAAAGCAAACGAUCUGGUGUUUAAUA